AUGCACCAAGGGGGGGCAGAUGCUGCAGCCACAUAUGGAUUUGGGGCCAAGGCCUAUGGUAAGCUUAAUUCCCCUGUAAAAUCUAGGAUCCUACACAAGCUCCCAAACGUGCACAUGGCACCUCCUGAGAUUAGAAACUAUAAGAAACAGCUGUACAUUAAUUGGCAAACAAAGAACAGUGGAAUAGUUGAGGAGAUGGGAUAG